CCCAAUCUCAUUCUCAACUGGAUUGGACGAAGCUUAGAGUUCCGUCUACUUCUCAGAGAGAGAGAGAGAGAGAGAGAGGCGAAGCAAAGGAUCCAUCGGGGCGGAGGCCGAUCAGUUGUGUCAACCGGAUCGGAGGCUGGUGGUUUAAAGAACGGCGCUCCGAGGUUCUUCCUGGAGCUUUUGCAUGGGUCCGACGAAUUUCAGGUUCCAUUCUUUCUUCAGCAUAUAUGUGAAAGCUUCUGAGUUCGUGAAUAACUGAAAAUUAAUAGUAUGGUAUACAAAGGUUCUCUGAUAUCUGGCUGUUAAGAAUCUAUUUCAAGCUCGUUGCUGAUUGGUUUUUGUUUUUCUUCACCAAUUGGAUUGGAGUAGAUGUCAUUCCGUAGUAUAGUCCGUGAUGUUAGAGAUGGCUUUGGCAGUUUAUCAAGGCGGAGUUUUGAUGUCAGGCUUUCAAGUCUAAUCGGUCAUCGCAGGGGAAAAUCCCAAGGCUCUGUGCUGGAGUUGCAUGAUCCAUGUCCUGUUAUCCAGCAGAGUCGUUGGGCUAGCUUACCCCCUGAGCUUCUCCGUGAUGUGAUCAGAAGGUUAGAGGCAAGUGAAAGCACAUGGCCAUCUCGGAAGCAUGUUGUUGCCUGUGCAGCUGUGUGUAGAUCAUGGAGGGAGAUGUGCAAAGAGAUUGUUAAGUGUCCAGAAGUCAGUGGGAAGCUCACGUUUCCAAUCUCUCUAAAGCAGCCUGGACCUCGGGAUGGAACCAUUCAAUGCUUCAUUAAGAGGGACAAGUCAAAACUUACUUAUCAUUUGUACCUGUGUCUUAGCACCUCUGUUCUCGUUGAGACUGGUAAGCUUCUCCUAUCAGCUAAAAGAAAUCGCCGAACCACUUAUACAGAAUAUAUUAUCUCAAUGGAUGCUGGAAGCAUAUCAAAGACAAGCAAUUCAUACAUUGGAAAGCUAAGGUCAAACUUUCUUGGCACCAAAUUUGUGGUAUACGACACCCAGCCUCCACACAACAUUUCUACCGUUUGCCCACCUGGUCGAACAAGUCGUAGGUUCUCCAAGAAAGUCUCUCCCAAAGUCCCUUCAGGCAGCUAUAGCAUAGCCCAGGUUACGUAUGAGUUGAAUGUUCUUGGCACACGAGGACCACGGCGUAUGCACUGUAUCAUGUACUCGAUUCCUGCAUCAGCACUUGAGCCUGGGGGCACAGUUCCUGGUCAACCUGAGAACCUUGUUUCCCAUUCCCUUGAUGACUCUUUCCGCAGCAUGUCAUUCUCCAAGUCCUCGAUCAUGGACCGUUCAUUGGACUUCAACAGCUCUCGCUUCUCUGACAUAACUGGAGGAACUCGCGAAGGAGAAGAGGAGGAUAACAUAAAGGAAAGGCCAUUGGUAUUGCGAAACAAACACCCAAGGUGGCAUGAGCAGCUGCAAUGUUGGUGCCUGAACUUCCGUGGCAGGGUUACAAUUGCUUCGGUGAAGAACUUCCAGCUGAUAUCUGCUGUGCAGCCAUCAGCGGGUGCUCCGACACCAUCAGAGCCACCAGCAGUGCAAUCUGAGCAUGAUAAGGUAAUCCUCCAGUUUGGCAAGGUGGGGAAGGAUAUGUUCACCAUGGAUUACAAGUAUCCACUCUCUGCCUUCCAGGCUUUUGCCAUAUGUUUGAGCAGCUUCGACACCAAGUUGGCUUGUGAAUAAAACAUUGUUGAUUGUUUGGUAGUGAAAACAACCAAAGAAUAAUUUUUUUUUCAAAAGGUAAAAAGAAUGUGCUUUGUCGAUUAUCAUCGGUUGCUAGUGUCUAGUGAUCAGGUUGUAACGUGCAGCUUUGUGAUUUUUUUUUUCGAUGCACUUGGACAGUGAACCUAUGAACCGUAUUACCCACGUAGAUUCCCUUUCUAAUUAUUUGCAUUUAACUUA